UGGAGAAGCUUUUAUUAUAGCCAUUGCAACUAUAUAUAACUGAAGCAAUACAUAGUGAUAUGACGUAACGUUCCUCCGGGACCAUGGCGCUGCUUAAAAACAACAUAGGGCUACACGAAACAACACAGAGUGUGAAAUAAUUGCUGUUGGGUGUAUGACUUUACUCCAGUUGAUUUAAAAAAAAAAGAAGAAGAAGCAGAAAACAGUGCUGGGGAAACACCUGCUUUCUGCUUUCACUGUAGUUGGUGAAGUCUCACUAUGGACUGCAUCUUGAAAGUUCUUGUUCUUGCUGUUUUAAGUAUCUCUGGGCAAGGCAAGCUGUUGACCGGUAGCUUUUGGCAUAUCACAGACCUCCACUGGGAUCCUACAUACAAAUUAACAGAUGGAAAUUUAGGAUCAGUAUGUGAUUCAAGUGGGAAUCGUCCAACCCCACAAGCGGGGAAAUUUGGAGACUACCUUUGUGAUUCACCAUGGGACCUCAUCAGUUCCUCAGUGCAUGCUAUGAAGAAUAUCCUACCUGAUCCAGACUUCAUUAUUUGGACUGGCGAUGAUACACCUCACGUUCCUAAUGAAGAACUGGGAGAAGAGGCAGUUUUGAGAAUAAUUGGCAAUCUCACGAACCUCAUAAAAACACUGUUUCCUAAAACAAAGGUCUACUCAGCUUUGGGCAAUCAUGAUUACCAUCCAAAGAGUCAGUUGCCACCCACACAAAGCAACAUUUAUGAGCAAGUACAAAAGCUAUGGGAAGACUGGCUGGAUCCAGCAUCAAGGGAUACUUUUAGAAAAGGUGCAUAUUAUACAGAAAAGCUGCUAAAUCAAACCGGGUUCAGAGUUCUGGUCCUAAAUACUAAUCUGUAUUAUGACCAGAACAAAAUCACAGAAAAUAUGAAAGAUCCAGCAGACCAAUUUAAAUGGGCAGACCAAGUGCUCACUGAAGCUGUCAAAAACAAGGAAAAGGUGUACAUUGUGGGUCAUGUCCCUCCUGGUUUUUUUGAGAAGAAACGACAUAAGCCAUGGUUCAGGCCUGAGUUCAAUCAACAAUAUAUAGAGCUUAUUCAGAAACAUCAUGACAUUAUUAUCGGCCAGUUCUUUGGUCACCACCAUACUGACAGCUUUCGGAUGUUCUACAGUUCAGCAGGAUCUCCAAUCAGUGCAAUGUUCCUGAGUCCAGGAGUUACACCCUGGAAAACAACACUACCUGGAGUGGUAGAUGGUGCAAAUAAUCCUGGCAUUCGGGUGUUUGAGUAUAACACUAAAACACUUUUGGUUGAGGACAUAGUGACCUAUUACCUGAACUUGACCCAUGCAAACAUGGCACGUGCACGCUGGGAGAAGGAGUAUCGUUUGACUGAAACGUUCAAAGUGCCGGAUGCUUCCCCUAUCUCCAUGCACCAAGUGUUGGAACAGAUAGCACAUGAGAACUGCUACCUGCAGAAAUAUUAUGGCUUCAACUCUGUAAACUAUGACUUAUCAGUAUGCAACGCAGACUGCCGUAUUGACCAUGUGUGUGCUAUGAGAGAGGUUAGCUUUGAGGCUUAUGAGCACUGUGUGGAGAAGGAAGGGGCUUCUUCUGCUAUCCCAGCACUUCUACCUAUAAUGUUCACACUUGCUAUAAGCCUGUGGGCCAGCUACUAAUCCUAAUGAUUGUACAUAAAUCUAUAUGCUCUGCAUUGUGCAAUAUUGGUAUUGAAACUCUACUCAUACUUAUGUUUAAGGUUUAAUCAGAAAGAGACAUAUCUCCAUUUAUCAGUGUAUAUGUAAAAGAAAAUAAUUCAUCCUCACAAACAUACGCAUAAACUGGGUGAGGUGCAAAAAUUUAACCUAUUAAAUAAUACAAAGUAUCCGAGGCUUCAAAUAAUAUGAAACAUUUUUGAAGAUAACACAAAUUGAUAGUAUUUAUUGGAUUUUAAUGUUAAAAGCACAAUUUUUGUAUAUGGAUAUGGUGCAAUAAUUUCUAUUGUUAAAAGCUGAAUUUGUGAGGGAUCACAUGACCAGGAUUUGUUUAGAGGAAAUAUAUGGCUUCAUGGCAUUGUCCAGAGCUUUGUGGAAGUCCUUCAUUUCCACUUCUGUGCAGGAUGGGGCUGACAGCUUUCCAGCACGGAUUAGUGUACUUAGCUCUUCCAACAUGAAACGCAACGCCUCUUCAUCUAUGCAAAUCACAGAAGAAAACAACAACUUAUUGCCAUGUCCCAUCAUAUGUCAAGUGUAUUUGUUUUCCAUACAUGCACCAGGAUAAUGAGGUUUGUUAAUUCACAAAGUAGGAGUUUUUGUGCUUACUCUGCUUAUUGUCUCUUUUCCACUGAGUGACCCAGAAUCCUCGUACUUUUACAUCCUUGAAGAUGAGAGCACUCUAAACAAAGAAAGAACAGCUUAAACAGACCCUUUUAAGACAGCUUAAAAGACCCUCAGUAUAUACACGUAUGCCUUGUAUGCAGUUUAAAAUAUAUGAGGUUACCACAGGCACAGUAACUGGUUGCUUGGCCAUCCCCCCAUAUGUCACCAUGGUGCCCCCAGUUCUACACAAAACAGAGCACAAACAGUAUCAGCAAAACUCUUCCUUGAUCAUUAAAUCCACUUGCUUUUCUUAGCAAUGCAACUUACUGUAAAUGUCGAAGAAGCUCUGUGGCACUUUUUCCUCCCACACCAUUAAGGGCCAGUUUGGGUCGAGGACAAGCCUGUAUCAGAUAAACAUCAUUUAGAUUAUUAGUAGCUUUCUUGGGUUUUUAUUUUUUAUUUUUUUAUAAACUAGCCAUUGUAGUGUUGCUCUAGUUAAACACACACACACAAAUGCCAUCUAAAACUAAAAUCCUAGGUUAAUUAUUAUUUUUGGAAACCAACCUUGAAGAUGUCCUUAAUUUCCGGCUUUCUUAACAUCUCCUCUGUAAUGACGUAAGUGGCUCCCAUUGCUCUUAGUCUGUCAGUCAGCUGUUGUAGGUCCGGUCUGGAGAAGCAAAUCAUACACUUUUGUUUUCACUUCAUCCAUGAAUACAAAUGAACUGUAAACUAUUUUUUGAGCUAAAAAAAAAUUGCAGCCAAAUUAUAACAAUCAUUAAAGGAUCUUUUUACCUG